AUGGCGGGAAUAGUUGUGGUUUUUGACUUUGACCGAACCCUAAUCGACGGUGACAGUGAUAGCUGGGUCGUUGCGGAGAUGGGUCUCACUCAGCUCUUCAAUGAGCUUCGCUCUACUUCGCCAUGGAACAAACUCAUGGAUAGAAUGAUGAAGGAGCUGCAUUUGCAAGGAAAAAGUUCUGUGGAUAUUAAAGAGUGCCUCAAAAGAAUUCCAAUGCAUCUAGGGGUAAUUGCAGCUAUUAAGUCAGCUCAUGCUUCAGGAUGUGAUUUGAGGAUUAUUAGCGAUGCAAAUCAGUUUUUUAUUGAGACGAUCUUAGAAUGUCAUGGUUUGUUAGGAUGCUUCUCACAGAUUGUCACAAAUCCAAGCUUUGUUGAUGGAGAUGGAAGACUUGGGAUUUUUCCGUACCAUGAUGUAGGCUCACCUUCUCAUGGUUGCAAUUUAUGCCCUCCAAAUUUGUGCAAGGGUGUGGUGAUUGAUCAAAUCCGAGCUUCUGUUUCUGCCAAUGGGAGGAAAAGAUAUAUCUACCUAGGAGAUGGGAGAAAUGAUUUUUGCCCAACUUUAAGGCUUGUAGAAGGAGACCAUGUAAUGCCAAGAAAGGACUAUGCUCUAUCGAAGCGCAUUUACAGCAACCGAAUGCUUAUCAAGGCUGACGUCCAUGAAUGGAGUGAUGGAGAGGAGCUUGGGAAGAUAUUGCUUCACCUCAUCCACAGAAUUUCUACUGAAGAAAUUAAUUGUAGUGACCUCAGUCAGCUGAACUCACCUGACCACAUAUGA